UUCUGGCAUCACCCGACGAAAAGCAACCCUGGCCGAACGCGUCUGGCACUGCCGCCCGCCAGGGAAUCUAGACCGACCGCGUCGCCGAGACCGUUUGAUUCGUCCAUCUCAUACCGAACAGUAACCGCCCUCUCCAGCUGCCAGCGCGUCGGCCUCCAAACCCGUGUAACAUGUCGAGGACAUCCCAGGACUUCGCAAGGCGAGCUCGGAGGGACUCGCAUGAGGCUAAUUCGCGUGUCGUGAUGCCUCUGAAUUCGUCCGUCGCUUUAAAUCAACCCACUCCUCGUAAUGGCCCGCGGCUUUUCCCUAGAGCGCAUCCCGCUGAUAGCAAUGGCGUGCCCCCAAGACCGGAAUUACCAGAAGGCAGCGUGAUGCCUAAGACCACUACGGCAGUCAACGACUUCACGCCUACGAUUCCAGAGCAAGCGGCGACGACUAGCCGCAGUCCUCCCGCCGAGCGUACAACAACUCCACAGUCAGCAGACGAAGCGCGCCCCUGCUCAAGUCAAAGCAACAGAAACUCGAAAUCGUCCAAGAAGAACAGCCUCGUCGCCUUCCUCACCCUCAAAGAACCCUCCACCAAAGCACUGGAAGACUUCGCCGACGCGGAGCGGGAAAAGGCAAAGCAGAAAGGCGCCGCCGCCGCCACAGCCUCAGCAGCCGUGCCGCCCGGCGUCUCCACGCAGAAACUCCCGGACUACGUGCCCAAAGUCAACAGCAAGUGGGACGGAAUGCCCGAAAGCGCGAGCCGCAAGAGCGCGGAUCUCGGCCCCGACGACGGCAGGCGGAAACAGAGUACUUCGUCUAAGCACUCGCGUCGCAGUCCCAAUUCGUCUAAUCCGAGCACUUCUCCGGACCUGGAGAGCAGGCCUACAAGUCCCGCUGUUAUGCGCAACUUCGCGGCUGCGGGGCUGUAUGAGGCUCAUGGAAGCGGGAGUGAGUCGGCUGAGAGCAGGAAGCCAUCUCCAAGUGCUCCCCUGGCGGCAGCGGCAACACCGGAGUCGAGAAGUGUCGAACUAAAGAACGAAGAGCCAAUACUCGCGCCGUUACUCCGGCCGUACGAACCGCCUAUUCCCCCCAGAUCGCCGGAGAGAAAAUCUUUCCAACUCAACAUGGGGCCAUCUAAGGCGGGAGAGGACACGAAGACCACAGAAACGACUUUACCGAAGAUGAACGAUGCUCCCGUGCUAAAAGCUACGAGUGUCCAGCCGGACUGUGCUGGUCUGCAGGUCGUGUCUGCACUGAUCUCUGAGGCCGAGUCGGAUCGCAAACAGGAUGUUGUAGCGGCAACAGCUCCGCAUUCGAACCCUACAGCUGUGCGACCAAUGAGUGCUCGCACGGCUGUCAACUUCAGCAGACCGUUGCGGCCGCGGGAGACGGGACCUGGUUGACGAUUUGUGCUGCGUUGUUACAUAUCUUUAAUCACCAAAAGGACGGCGCCAUCAACUUCAGCCGCCCGUUACAUCCUCGGGAGGAAAGGCCGGUUGACGACUUGUACGGCCUUUCGCAUAUGGUCAAUCACCCAAAACGGAAUCGGACAUGAUGACGAGGAUGCAAUGGCGCCACAGCCUUAUGCCGGGACCCAGUGACCAAGUCGACUGCACUCACAGUCAACAUGGC